AAUGUCAUAAGACCUCGGAGGUCAAAGUUCAAGAAAAUAUCCAACAACACGAAAGAAGAAGUUUUGUGAGAAUUUUUGUGGUUUUGUAAUUUCCUGAGGAGUUGAAAAGUCGUUUGAUAGAUAAAAAAAGGACAGACCCCGUGUAGAGCAACCGUAACGCGCCGCCUGAUGUAUGUAGAGUUAGAAAUUAUCAGAUGAUUGUAAGAUGGAGGAGGUAACAGAAGUCGCUGCAGAAGCUACCGAGAGUCCCCUGAAGACUGGCAGUCACCCUUCAGACCAGGCAGACACGAGUGGUGCAGCAGUACAAGAAGUACCGGUAGAUGAGGAGACGGUGUCUCUCCUCACUGAUGGACUCAUCCGAAAACUUGGACCAGAGUCAGACUCAGUCAAAGACAAACUAGAUGAGUUAAUAAGGAACCAAGAAGUUAUGAUAGAAGCUAUGCAACAUGAAAACACAAGGUUCUCCGAAAGUGAAGCGACAAAGAGCCUUGGAGAACUGUUGUCAGAGGCCAAGAGGUACCACAACAAACUGGUCCUCAUCAGGAAAGAGAUGGUGGCUCUACAUGAGAAAAGUACAAAGUUGAAGAAACGUGCACUGAAACUCCAACAACAGAAGCAAAAGGAAGACCUCCACAAGGAACAACAGAAGGAAAGAGAACUGGAAAGAGAGAGACAACUCACAGCCAAACCAGCCGCUAAACCAGAGCAAAGAUAGUUUAGGAUCAUAUUUCAUUAUUUUUUCAUGUAAAAAUAAAUAGCAACUUUGGCCACAGAA